CGAGAUCAAAUUAUUAGAAGGCAGAUGGGAGAAAGUUUCACAAGAUCGACCAUAGGCGAGAAGAAGGGCAGCACCACUGGCGCCUUCGAUGGCUUCAAGAGCUUUGAUCCUCGCGUUGAGGCUCCUCAUGCUGGUCUUCCUCGUUGUAUCAUUGGUGGUCUUGACGACGGACACCGCGACGUUGCAAAUAUACUUCAACACGGAAGUCCAAGUCCGGUUUAGAGACGUCUACGCGUACCGGUACAUGCUAGGAACCAUAGUGGUUGGAGCUGCAUACACUCUCAUCCAAAUUGCACGAACACUUCACCGCACGUGCAAGGCGAAUCAAGAGAUAAGCCGUGACAGCGUCACUCUCUUUGAUUUCUUCGCAGACCAGAUCACGUCAUAUGUACUGGCGACUGGAUCAGCUGCGGGAUUCGGGGCGACAAAGGACCUGAAGUCGGUGUUUGAAUUCGUGGGUUCAGCCUACGACAAGUUCUUCAACAAGGGUUAUGCGGCUGCAAGCCUCCUCCUCUUCGCCUUUGUCUGCGCCGCGCUUCUCUCGAUUCUAUCUUCAUUUGGCCUCCCUAAGAAAGUCUGAUGAUACUCUUUUCUUCCACUUUCCAGAAUUGUUAUUGAAUGUGUUUUGCUAGCACUGAGGCGUGGGAUGUACAUAGUUUAUAUUCUGUGUAAUAUUGGGUAGUGCAUUAAGACAUCUAUAAAAUAGUCGUCCUUGUUAUUAAUUGAAGACCAGUCUUAAUAAA